AUGAAGGUCCUCGUCGCCAUUUCUUCUUUGGCUCUGCUAGCUCAGGCUGCCUCGGUCGACUUGUCGGCUCGUGCCACCCCUCUUGUCGUUCGUCUGGAGGAGUCUGGCAACUCGGGCAUCAAGGGCUACCUCACCAACGCAGGCAAGGAAGCGGUGAAGCUCUUAACUCUCGGCACCUUUCUCGACGAUAGGCCCGUUGAGAAAGUCGAAGUUUUCUCCGGCGCGAUCCAGAACUGCGCCAAGCUGGCCACAGCUGCCAGAACGGCUGCCCAAAACACCAACUCAUCGUCGAAGAGCCGCCUGCAAAAGUACUUCAAGAGUUCGAGCGCCAGAGUCAGCAAGCAGGUGUCCACCGUGUUCGGCCGCAUUGAGAAGGAGUGUAGCAGCACGACGUCGGGUGUGUCCAGCUACCACUGCACCGACGUCUACAAUGCCUGCCGCACGGGCGUGAUCGCGUAUACUCUGCCUUCGCAGAGCUUCAUGGUCAACUGCCGCAUCUUCUUCGACCAAAUGCCUCCCACCGACAAGAGGUGCCAUGCUCAGGAUCAGCAGACGACCAUCCUCCACGAGAUGACUCAUCUGACCGAGAUCGCGGGCACUGAAGACUACGGAGGCUAUGGAUUCGAUUUCGUCCGCAGCCUCACGCCCGCUCAGAACCUCAACCACGCCGACACGUACACGCUUUUCGCGCAGUCCAUCUUCGCCCGUUGCUGA